AUGAGUGCUAUAAAUAAUGGCAAUAAUAAUAAUAAUGAUUUGUCAUUAAAUUUACAAGCUUUAGAUCUAAAUAAUCAACAUCAACAACAAUCUACAAGUAAUAAAAAAAGGUCAAGAAGAGCUUUUCAUACAGAAUUUAAUUCACCUGCAUCAAAUACUCCUUUACAAAGUCAAUCUCCAAUAUUACCGCAACAACUGCAGCAACAAUAUCAACAAUUUCAACAACCCCAGCAACAAUUUCAACAUCCUCAAAAUCCUCAGAAUCCUCAAAAUCCUCAACAAGCUAAUUAUCCGUCAAUUGAUCAGUCCUAUAAUCAACAAUCUCAACAACAUAAAUCUAAUUCAACUUCAACAGUUCCUUCACUACUGGAUCAUAGAUAUUCAGAACAAUUGGCAUAUUCAACUCCAGAUAGUCAAGGUAAUUACAAAUCAUUUGAAACAUUUUCUCAAACAGUUCCACCAGAUUCUACAAUUCAAUUUCAUGUAACAGAUCAAGGUACUGCAUCUUCAAAAUUCAUUAGAUCAACAAUGUAUUACGUACCAGAAACUGAAAAAUUAAGACUGACCACGAAAUUACCCAUGGCAGUCACUAUAAGACCUUUUGCACCUCAAUUGUCAUCUGAAAAACCUAUUGAAACUAUAGAAUUUCAUAGUAACACACCAUUGACUAAAGAUAAUAAUAACAAUUCACUAAAUAUGGGGCCAUUAAGAUGUCAUAGAUGUAGAGCAUAUGUUAAUCCUUCAAUGCAAUUCACUCACAAUCAAAGAUUUAUUUGUAAUAUAUGUCAAUUUCCAAACAAUUCAGUACCUAAUGAUUAUGCAUCAUUAUUAGAUGCUCGAGGGUAUAGAGCUGAUAAAUUUAUAAGACCCGAAUUACAUCAAAGUGUUUAUGAUAUCAAAGUACCGAAAGAAUAUAAUUUUGGUGGUGAUGAUAAAAUUUCAGAAUCAUUACAUGUGGUGUAUUUAAUAGAUAUAACUGAAAAUAGUAUAAAACAAAAUUUGCCAACAUUAGUUUCUGAAUCGAUUAAAAACUCAAUUUUCAAUUCAGAUAUGCAAUCAGUCAAGAUUGCAAUUAUAGCAUUUGAUAAAAGGUUACAUUUUUUUAAUUUAUCUUCAAAACUUGAUAAAACUCAAAUUUCAAUAUCUUCAGAUUUAGAUGAUCCAUUUGUCCCAUUUGAUGAAGGAUUCUUUGUCAAUCCAGAUGAAAGUCAGUUUGUCAUAGAAGAUGCGUUAUAUUAUCUUGAAAACUUACCUAAUUCGCAAGAUAAAGUGUUUGAUUUAGAGCCAUGUUUUGCAGUAGCUUGUAAGACUGCUGGAUUAGCUUUGGGCAUGCACGGUGGUGGUAAAAUUAUAUCAGUAUUAAGUAAUUUACCAUCUUGGGGACCAGGUGGAUUAAAAUACAAAGAUAAUAAAGCCGUAGGUAGAACCCCUUCACCUGAAGUUGAAAAAAGAAUCUUUUUACCUGAUAAUGAAUUUUAUAAGAAUAUGACCAAAGAAUUUGUUGAAAAAAGUAUUGGUGUUGAUCUUCAUGUUGUAUCUCACACACCAGUGGAUUUAUCAAAUUUGGGAUAUUUAGUAUCAACAACUGGUGGUGAAAUUACAAGAUGGACAAAUUUAAACUACGAAAGAGAUGGCAGAUUAUUCAUUGCAAAAUUUAAGAAUUCUUUGAUUAAUAUAUCUGGUUAUCAAGGGCAAUUAAAAUUACGUAGCUCAAAUGGUUUACAAGUGGCACAAUACUACGGAACGUCGUCAUCAAAUAAGGAAACCACUAUUGGUGGAUCGAUUCAAGAUCCUAUAAUACCCAUUUUGAAUAAAGAUCAGACGUUUACCGUUUUGCUAACCUAUGAUGGUACUUUAAGUCGUAAAUUAGAUUGUCAUUUUCAAGUUGCAUUAUUAUAUACUGACAUAACUGGUCAAAGAAAAGUACGAGUUAUAAAUUUAGUUCUAGCAGUUACAAAUAAAUUAGAAGAAGUUUUCCAUUUUACUGAUGAAAAUGCUAUUGUAACAACUAUAGUCAGGGAUACAUUAUCAUUUUUAGGUGUUCAAACUUUAAAUGAAUUAAGAGAAUCUUUAAAUAAUAAAUUAGUUGAUAUUUUCACUCAAUAUAGAGCAAUGAAUGAAUAUGGUCAUAAUAAAUCAAAAACAUUUACAAAUAGAUUAUUAUUUCCAGAAUCAUUGAAACAUUUGCCUAUUUAUUUUUUAAGUUUUUUAAAAACUAAUGCUAUAAGGUCAACUACAGGUAUAAGUGCAGACGCUAGACUAGUUGAUUUGUUUAAUAUGUUGAACAUGCCGGUUGAAAGGUUGAUGUAUCAUUUGUAUCCUUCAUUAAUUGAAUUGCAUUCUUUGAAUCCUGAAGAAGGUUUGAUUGAUGAUGUUACUGGAUUCACAAGCAUACCUGUAUAUAAAGAUUUGUCAAUUACAAAUUUGGAUCGUGGUGUAUAUAUAUUAUGUGAUGGCACUAGAGUUUAUAUGUGGAUUGAUCCUCAAUCAAAUAUUAUGUUAAUCAAAGACUUGUUUGGUGAUCAGUACGAAACCGUUGAAGAAUUAGAUGCAUUCAUAGAUGAAUUACCAGAAUUACCAUCAGAAAUAUCAAUACAAGCAAGAAACUUAGUUGAAUUUUUAAACAAAUUCAUAAUAGGUGUAGAUUCAUCAUCAAUACAAUUAGUAAGAAAAGGAAUUGAUGGAUUUGAACAUUCUUUCAAAGAGUUAUUAAGAGAUGAUAGUUUAGGUGGUGCAUUAAAAGCAUCAAAUGGUCCAAGUUUUAGCGAAUAUUUAAGUAGUUUACACAAAGCUAUUAAAGUUCAAUUAGAUAGUGAUAAAGCUUCUAAAAAUAUUAGACAAUCAAUUUCAAAUGUUGAACAUGAUACUGAAACUUUAGCUCAAAGAUUCAUUAAUUUUUAA